UAACAGGUCGCUUUCAGAAAUGAUUUCAAAAAUCCCGGGUGCCAGGAAGUGGAGAGAAUGAGGUUGGGAGAGGCGCGAGGAUUUGACGAGGUACCGCUCGCCGGGAAGUUCCCUUUGCUGGGGGUGGAUCCCAGUGUCGCGGGAUGCUGCCGCGCCCACCCGCCCCGCGUCGCCUCAGCUUCCGGAAACUCCAAGUCGCCAGGGCGCAGCGGCAGAGCCGCGGCGAGGCUAGCGCUUUGUUCCGCGGUUGAGUCUCGCGCCCUCGGGCGCGCGCAUCCCGGGGACCUGCGGGUGCGGCUCUGCCCCAGGCCCGCGGCGGAGGAGCAGGCGCGAUCCCGUGCGCCCGAAGCAAUCCCGGGACCCGCCAGGCCAGGCCCCCAGAGAAGACAGCUGCGGCGCUUCGAGACACAAAGACCAGUGGGAUGUGGAAGCAAACGGGGAGCCGGCAAAGGGAAAGCGAAAGCCGCGGGCCCAGUCAGUAACCGGGUGAAGGCACCGCGCCGCCCUCCCGACGCCGGCGGUACCCGGGCCUGCCCUUGCGAGCCUUCCUGGCCCAGCCCCGUGCGCCGCAGCCAUGGCCAUUGCUCACCUGGCCACCGAGUACGUCUUCUCAGACUUUUUGCUGAAGGAGCCCUCGGAGCCCAAGUUCAAGGGGCUCCGGCUGGAGCUGGCCGUGGACAAGAUGGUCACGUGCAUCGCCGUGGGGUUGCCGCUGCUGCUCAUCUCGCUGGCCUUCGCACAGGAAAUCUCGAUAGGUACCCAAAUAAGCUGCUUCUCCCCCAGUUCUUUCUCGUGGCGUCAGGCCUCCUUCGUGGACUCUUAUUGCUGGGCAGCCGUCCAGCAGAAGGACUCCUUGCAGGGUGACUCUGGAAACCUUCCAUUGUGUCUGCAUAAGUUUUUCCCCUACAUCCUGUUACUGGUGGCGAUCCUGCUGUACCUUCCCUCCCUGUUCUGGCGUUUCGCAGCUGUUCCUCAUCUUUGCUCAGAUUUGAAAUUUAUCAUGGAAGAACUUGACAAAGUUUACAACCGUGCAAUUAGAGCUGCAAAGAGCGUGCGUGACCUUGACUUGAGAGACGGUGCCUGCCCAGCUCAAGAAGUUAAUGAGAACCUGGGGCAAAGUUUGUGGGAGAUAUCGGAAAGCCACUUCAAGUACCCAAUUGUGGAGCAGUACUUAAAGACAAAGAAAAACUCCAAAAAUUUAAUUGUCAAGUACAUCAGCUGUCGGGUGCUGUCACUCAGCAUUAUACUGUUAGCAGGCGUCUACCUGGGCUAUUACUUUAGCCUCUCCUCCCUCUCGGAUGAGUUCAUCUGCAACAUCAAAUCUGGCAUCCUGAAAAAUGACAGCACUGUCCCCGAUCGAUUCCAGUGCAAACUCAUUGCCGUCGGCAUCUUCCAGUUGCUCAGUUUCAUCAACCUCGUGGUGUACGUCGUGCUGGCUCCUCUGGUGGUCUACACGCUGUUUGUUCCAUUCCGACAGAAGACGGAUGUUCUCAAAGUGUAUGAAAUCCUGCCCACUUUUGAUGUUCUGCAUUUCAAGUCGGAAGGGUACAACGACUUGAGCCUCUACAUUCUUUUCUUGGAGGAGAAUAUUAGUGAACUCAAGUCGUACAAGUGUCUUAAGGUUCUGGAGAAUAUUAAAAGCAGUUGUCAGGGCAUUGACCCCAUGCUUCUCCUGACAAACCUCGGCAUGAUCAAGAUGGACGUGGUUGAUGGCAAAAAUCCUGAGCCCGUGCAGAUGAUGGCAGAGGAGCAGGGGGACCAGACGGCAGAUCUCAAAGAUUUGAAUGGACACAGUGGAACGAAAAUAAAUAACGGAGAGCAGAAUGCUCGACAGAGGCUUCUGGAUACUUCUUGCUGACGAUUUUUUUCCCGUGAACUUCAGAUCAGCGACCUGGGCAACAUGGGAUUCAUUUUGGCUGAAGAACCUCUGGCAGGUACCCAGCUGGUUCGCAGUAGAUGGUUCUCAGCAGAGAUACUGGGUAUGUCUUACUGAGUCCCUGGUGAAAACGAUGGUUAACAAAACGUUGUGGAGGAUGGUUCGUGAGCUUCCUACGAGACAACGUGGAGACAAGUAAGCCACAGCAAACGUAGAUGUGUACGUCAUCAUCAGACGGAAAGUGGAAAGACUAAUCCUAGUAAGAGUAAGAGACCUUUUAGUGCCUCAGAGAAAAACACCUUUAUGUACAGAUAGUGCAACGAGCCUCAGAGCUACUGGAAAGCAAGGACUUUGGGACCAAUCACUUUGGAAGAGGUUGUCUGCAGGGAAGUCCUCUAUGGUCAAAAGCAUUUGAGACAGGAUGUUACUUAAACAAAUUCACAGAACACAGAAGGCUUAAAGUGAGGGACGUUUCACCUAUUACGAUCAGAACGUAUAAAUGACAUCUGCCACAUGGGUGUGCUUGGAGCCAGAACAACUUCGCAGUUUAUUUAUAUUUAAGAACAUCUUUUAAAAAUUCAUUUAAAUUUAGAAUCGUGUGAUGUCAAAAUUGAAGGCAUUUGGGAAGAACAUUCUAGCAUUGAUGGGGAAUUAUAGAAUAAAUGUUACAAAUGGGUAUAUAGUGUAUCACCCAAGCAUUGUUUCAUAAACAUUUAAGGCUGACCCAGAAUAUCAAAACCCUUUUUCCAAUUCUGAUCAUGUAAAUAGAUCCUAACUAUGUUUACAUUUUAUACAAAAUUCUUAAAAAUGACAUCUGUGGGGCUUCCCUGGUGGUGCAGUGGUUGAGAGUCUGCCUGCCGAUGCAGGGGACACGGGUUCGUGCCCUGGUCCGGGAAGGUCCCACAUGCCGCGGAGCGGCUGCGCCCGUGAGCCAUGGCCGCUGAGCCUGCGCGUCCAGAGCCUGUUGCUCCGCAACGGGAGAGAUCACAACAGUGAGAGGCCCGCGUACCGCCAAAAAAAAAAAAAAAAAAGACAUCUGUGGACCUCCCUGUUUUUAUUCUUAGAAAGUUAAUACAUUGCUAGUGAAUAAUCCUCAGGAGCUUCAAAGUUUAUGGAUGGCUCUUAGGGACAGUUGUUUACCUGAUCUAAUUACAUAAGCUGCUCUCCACCUUUCAGAAUAUUCACAAAAGCAGAUUUUAUUUAUGCUUCUGUGAUGGUUUCUGAGAUGGAAAGCUAAUGAUAAAUAUCCAGGAUGCAAUCAGUGUUUUAAAUUAUUCUUACUGCAUAAUAUUUAUUACCAUUGAAUAAUAGUGUGACUUAGAAAUGUCAGUAACCUAAAUCAUCAAUUUUGCUGCAUUUUUAUAUCACUAUAUCUGAGAUAUUAUAUCGCAGUUCUCCACACUGGUUUCUUUUUAUAAUAUGAAAAUUUUCUGAAAUAUAUUUUUCUGUGCUAUCCUUUUUUUUUUUUUUCAAAAAGCCUCACUCAACUUCUUUAUAGAUAGCCCCUAAUUUAUAGUUUGAAGUGGUAAAAAUAGGUACAUUAUUUUAGGGGACCAGGGACUCUCUAAGCCCUGUCACAUGUAAUUCUUUAAUUAGAGCCCCUAACCUCUGCAUCCCCCCAUCCCUACUCUCUGAGUUCCAAUAACAUCUGUGAUGUCCCGGACAUCACGCUAGUGACCGGCUACAAGGACGUGAAUAAGGCAGGUCCUCAUCUUUGAGGAGUUUAGAGACUAAUAAAAGGCAGUGAAGACAGAGGCAGGUAUCUAGAGGAAGAGUGACUACACUGAAGGCCCUUCCAGAAAACUCCCAGCAAAUGCUCUGUGUUCUCAGGAGACACCAUAUUGUUCUUCUCUUUCCCAUCAUUUCUGUAGCUGAUGGUUUCGAGAGUCUAGUUACAGUUCUUCCCAGAGGUUCUUGAGCCACGUAUCCCCCAGGCUGAAGCUUAAACAAAACAAUAACACAGACUGAUUUUGAACAGAAAGUGCUCCAAUCACCUUUUGUACCUUACUUGCAGGGUUUGGGGAACCCAGGCCUUGGGGUACAUGAUGCUGUCCAUGAAGAGUCAUGGCACUAAGAGUCUGGUGUGGAUGUCUGGUCACACAUUUUGGCUUGAGAAAAAGUGUUAUUAGGAACGUUAACUCCUCCAUCCACUGCUGGCUUAGAGGGAGGACUCCGUUUGAGGUGGCAGAUUUCCAAGGAUGAGGAGUCAUCAUUGCUUUACAAAAGGGGGCAAACAGACCCUCAGUGACCACCGCCAGUAGUAGCUGACCUUGUUUCUGGCCUGUAUCUUCCUAACAAGCCACCACGAGGCCUCCAAACCAGACUUGUAACACCAGCAUUACAGCUGGGGCUGGGACUGAUUGUUCUGACAGCCGUGUCCAGCUCCACACUUAAUUUCACCAAGGGACAGGCAGAGACCCUCUAAUAUGGAGGCUCUUAAACUUUUGGGAGGUUACAAGCCCCCCUUGUAAGUAUAUUCUUUAAAGCUAUGGACCCUCUCCUCAGAUAUACACACAACACUACAUACACCUUCAAGGGUCAUGGUGGUCCACGCACCCCAGGUGAAGAAGCUGUGCUGUAACGCCUGGGGACCGAGCUGCACGGCAGGGAGGCUCCCGUGACCCUUGUGGAAAGCGUCUGCUUUCGACAGUAAGUCUCAGCUGUACAUUUACUUAGUGAAACCACAUUUGCACACUUUUGAAUAAACUGUCGUCCCCUUUGAGUAACUGACAUCAUUUCCUAGAGUCAGACUGAAAAAGUCAAUUAAAAGAGCCGGUGGGGUGGGGGCAGUAGCUUGGAGUGAUCAGGGAGCUGGCAUGGACUGCGAUUGUCUCUCUGGCCACCAGAAGUGAUCUUAUUCCAAGCCCAAGUCAUCGUCCCUGUGCAGCCAGCCUCACUGGAAUGUGGGGAGAGAGGGCAUACACCUGACCUGUAAGGUGCUUUGUCCUACUUUGUAGUCGUUCUGGGAGAACGCGAGAAACGUCCCAUUGUAUGGCGGGUCUGGUUGCAUGUUUGCGUUUCAUGUGUGGAAGCUUCGUCCUGUUCCGAGUACCCUCUCCUUUCCAAAAAUGAGCUAAGGUGGGAUGGCAGGGCACCGUGGGCAUUGGCCCUGUGAGAACCGUUCAGCUCUUAGAAGCGGAUUGUUGCACAGCAUUUAAAAUGCGUCCCUGUUGGUUUCUUUUGCUUAUCUCCAGGAUAAUUCGAAGAUCUAGGAGGGUGGGAGUUUUUACCCAUUGCUAUAUCACAAGCUCCUGAAAAACAAUGGCUGGCGUGUAGUAGGCAUUCUGUAAAUAUUUGAAUAAAUGAACACAUCGUUAUAAUAAAUCCUAGUUUGUGGGCAACUGUAAUUUGUUUUUAAAAGGCAAAUGGUCCUCUGCAAGGGAGGGGAGGCUCAUUUGGCCUCUUGGUGGAGAGAGGAGUAGUUCUGCAAAUGAAUAGGUUUCUGCAUGUAAGUAGUGAGGAUUUUUAGCUUUUUAUUGUGGAGUAAGUUGUGAUCACUUUCCAAGCUCAAUACAAGUUCAGUGUUGCCUCGCAGUGAUUAGGGCAAUUGAAAUUAUAAAGGUCCUUGUCUCUGUAAUUUCCCAAAAUAACCUCUUGAAAAGGGAUGUUGAAAUGUGCAAUUGUGAGUAGCUGAGGUUUCAUCUGAUGGCACUGGGAUGAAAUGGCUCCUUCUGGGCAGUCAUUGGCAUUUUCGCCCUAUUUUUCACAAGUAAAGUGAAACCUUCGAAAAAGGUUGGCAAAGAUGAUAUUGUGUGGUUUGUGGAAUAUAAUAGAUAUGAGUCUGUGAUUGAUUUGUCCUGCCUGCUUUAGAUGAAAUGUAUUGUUUCUGCGUUCUCAUUUUAGCUGUAAAAAUACUUUGUCAGUUAAAGCAUGCGGUUUGAUCAGUCAUUGUUCUUCAAGUUCCUGAAAUUUAUAAAAGUUUCUUAUGCCUUGAGUGCCUCCCCCUGCCCCACCAGAAGAGGAAGAAAGAAUUCCACAAUGUCACAAGCGUUUCCUACAAAAACUGAAGCCAUCUGCUCCUCUUUAACAAGUUGGCUCUUUUUAAAGCACCAGAAUGACAAUUUGAUGGUAUUCUAUAAUGUGGUGCUAGGCGUAAAUUCUUUCUAAUGACUGCGUUUCUUCAAAACUUCUAAUGAAAAAUAAGUACGUUCUUUCUGCUGUGUCAUUUGGUAAGAAUGAUUGGUUUCUAUUCCACAGAGGUUGAAGGAUGGGAACAAAUUAUGGUCUUAGAAAAUGACCUUUUAAAAAAACCAAGAACCUUGAAAGCUCUGCAUUUGGGUGGUUAUCACUGUUAUAUUUCAUAUUUCCACAUAUGUCACCUGUCCACGUCCUACAUUCUGACCAUGCUGACUUCUGUGUAAGGAGAGUUGAAAGACUGAAAAUCAAGGCUGCUGUGUCUAUACAUACAAGUGAAACAGUGUUUUUGUUCUGCACUGGCCUGUCUACCUAAAUAAAACUUCUUUUCUAAUGAAAAAUGUGUCUUAAUAUUUCUCACCUUCUCUUCAGGGAAGAUGUAGCAGAAGCUCAGUUCUAAAAUGUCUUGAGGCUCAUUCCUCUCUGCUGGAUACACAACAUUCAGUAGGCUUCAUGGCACAUAUUAAAAUCCAUUUGUCAGUAACUAAAGGAAAAAAGUCCUUGAUGAAGGGCCCACAGAUUCUGGAAUUUCUAAAGCAGAAAUCAGAUGCUUUCUGAUUGGGAAUUGUUUGCCUGGGGUUGGAGAGGAAGGAAUAGAGGCUGUCUACUGCCAAACAUGGGUUGGCCUGCCUCCCUCUCUUAAGAAGGGGACGUCCUUGUACAAUGGUCAAUUAACACAAUUGACUGUUGUGGGUAAUAAAUGCUGCAUGAAAUCUUAAUACAGUGCCUGCCACAUAGUGAGUACUCCGUAAGUACUAGCUGCAACUGUCAUCACCUCCUCUAGCUCCCCCACUGUUUCCUAGGGUGCCCCCCCCCAGGAACCUUGGAGGUUGUAUUAGUUGUCUCUUGUUCCAUAACUCUUUAUUAUAAUCACGACAGCUUAAAGCAACACAUGUUUGUUCUCUGGAAGUUUUCUAGGUUAGAAGUCUGGACAUGGCUGAGCUGGGUCCCCUCCCCAGCGUCUGACAAGGCUGCAGUCAAGGUGUGGGUGGGCAGCGUUCUCAUCCGGAGGCGACCCUGGGGAAGGAGCCGCUUCCAAGCUCCCUCCGGUUGUUGGCAGAAUUCAUUUCCCUUGACGAUUGUCUGACUGCUUUCUCUGACCGUUCGCCGGAGGCCACCCACAGGUCCUGGCAUGUGAGUUUCUCUAGCAUGACUGCGUAAGUCAAGCCCAUAGGACUGUCUCUCACAAAAGGAAGGGCCUGGUCCCUCUUAAGGGUUUUGACCUGAUGAAGUCUCUCCCUCUUGAUGAACUCAAAAUGAACUGCUUUGCAGCUGCAUUUCAUCUGCAAAAUCCCUCCUCCUUUGCCUUGUUCUGUUGCCUAGAGGCGAAUCACAGGUGCUGCCCCACUCGGGGAGGAGAUUACACAGGACGUGAACAUCAGGGAAUCACGGGGGCCACCUUAGUGUCUUGCCUGCCAGGGAAGUCAUCCUAAAUCCCAGCCUCUCUGUUUCCGAGCCUAUGGUUUAACCUACCCCGCACCCUUCUGAGGCACUCGUUCCCAACACUGUUUUUCAGGCUCUUGUCACUGCUUCCCUGAAUUCCUCUAAUGGUCCUUUUGUGUCUAACGCCUCUUCCACAUUCAGUGGCCUUCGUGGGAAGCAGAUCUGAUAAUGCCAACCCUCAUCACCACCCCAGCCCCACCACUUCUAAAUCCCUUGGGACUCUCCAUGGAUUUCAGUAUAAAAAGCAAACUUGGGCUUCCCUGGUGGCGCAGUGGUUGAGAGUCCGCCUGCCGAUGCAGGGGACACGGGUUCGUGCCCCGGUCUGGGAAGAUCCCACAUGCUGCGGAGCGGCUGGGCCCGUGAGCCAUGGCCACUGAGCCUGCACGUCCGGAGCCUGUGCUCCGCAAUGGGAGAGGCCACAACAGUGAGAGGCCCGCGUACUGCAAAAAAAAAAAAAAAAAAAAAAUUAUUGCAUUUGCCAUAAAACACAUAUAACAUAAAUAUGUACUUUAACCAUUGUUAAGUAUACAAUUAAGAAGCGUCAAUUACUUUCACAAUGCUGUGCAACCAUUACCGGUGUCUAUUUCCAGAGCUUUUUUUUAUCACCCCAAACAUAAAAUGUGUACCUAUUAAGCAAUAACGCCCCAUUCCACAUCCUCUCCACCUAGCUCCUGGUAAGCUCUAAUCGACUCUCUGUUUCUAUGAAUUUGCCUAUUCUAGAUAUUUCAUAUAAGUGAAAUAAUACAAUAUUUGUCCUUCUGUGUCGGGCUUAUUUCAGUUAGCAUAAUGCUUUCAAGCUUCAUCCAUAUUGUAGCAUAUAUCACAACUCUGUUCCUUUUUAUGGCUGAAUAAUAUUCCAUUAUAUGGAUAUAUCACAUUUUGUUUAUCCAUUUAUUUGUUGAUGGACACUUGGGUUGUUCAUUGCAGUAUUACUUACAAUAGCCAAGAUAUAGAAACAACCUAAGUGUUCGUUGACAGAUAAAUUGAAUAUUAUUCAGCCAUAAAAAAGAAUGAAAUCCUGCCAUUGUGACACUAUGGAUGGACCUUAAGGGCAUUAUGCUAAGGGAAUAAGUCAGCCAGGGAAAGCCAAAUACUGUACGAUCUCACUUAUACAUUUCAUCUAUUAAAACCAAACUCAUAGAAACAGAGAACAGAUUGGCAGUUGCCAGAGGCAGGGGGUGAGGGGUGAGGGAAAUGGGUGAAGGUGGCCAAAAGGUUGAAUCUUCCAGUCAUAAGAUAAAUAACCUCUGGGGAUGUAAAUGUACAGCAUGGUAACUACAGUCAACAGCACUGUACUGUAUAUUUGAAAGUCGCUAAGAGAGUACAUCUUAAAAGUUUUCAUCGCAAGAAAAAAUUUUUGUAACUACGUGAGUGAUUGAUAUUAACUAAACUUGUGCCAAUCAUUUCACAGUGUAUACAUAUAUCAAAUAUUAUGUUGUGUGCCUUGGAUUAAUACAAUGUUACAUGUCAAUUAUAGCUCAAUAAACUGGACAAAAUACAAUAUGAAAAAGAAGAAAAAGAAAAAAAAGGCAGAUUCCUGGGCCUCUCCACAGACCCACUGAAUCAGAACCUCUGAGGUAGGACCUGGGAAUGUGCAUUUAUUCCACUUUCCUGGAGACUCUGAAAUGGGCCAUCGUUGGAGAAUCCAUGCCCUACGCUGUACUGCCUACCCCUGCACUGGACCAGGGGAAGGGAGUGGGGAGGCCACUCUAGCAGAGGCUAUUCUGCUGAGACCUAUUGAUGUGGAAGACUGUGGAGCUUUCAGGGAUUGCAGGAACAAUGGGCGUGCCUGAGGAUCCACUACCCCAGACCUGCUGGAGGCCUGCUGACCCCCACGUUCUUUUCAUACUCACAUCUCCAACUUCCUUCACCAGGUCCAAGACAAGACAAACCCUGGUGCUCUUCAAGGGCACUUGCUUUCACAGAACCCAGAAGGCAGCAACAACACUGACCCACUGGACACUCUUAGGCUGCCGACCCUGAUCUAAAGGCUGAGCAACCCUGAAGGCCCUCGGUACCACACCCCCUACUCCCAGUGUAGCCCGCUCUGAACUUGGGGCUAAUGGCUGCUAAUGUGGCAGCCAUGCUUAGCAGGGAGGGAACCAAAGGAGUUAGAAACAUCCUUUUGGAGAUGUCAUGACUCUUUACUGGUGUCAUCUCAUUUUGUCCUUCAACAGCAGGUGAGAGAGUGUUGAUUAUCCCCGUUUUACAGAUGAGGAAGAUGAAGGCUGAGACAGGGAAUGGGGAGGUAGAAUUCCCUGAUUGGUCCUGCGUGGAUAUAGAGCGGGGCCCAGAUCCUGUGGGGCAGAACUCAGAAGCACUGGUAGAGGGCCUGGCCCAGGGAAGGAACCCCCAAAAUGAUACCACUAUAAUUACUGUCUGAUCGUCCAUUCACUGGACGUUUCCUGAAUGAGUGCUCUGUACCAAGCGCUGUCCAUAUGUCCAUUCUAACCCUCAUGGUCACAGCACCCCGACUUGGCCUGUGGUGUCUGGAGACCUGGGGAGGGGCCAUACUGAAGCCCCUAGAGCUGCCCUGCCAUCCAGAUGGAGCAAGGCUUUAGGGCUGGCAAACAUGAGUGCCAGUCCUGCCCUGCCACUGACUAACUUCAGGGCCUUGGGUGGCCACCGGCCUCCCCAGGGAAGGUGCUCUUAUCCCAUUUAAAACUGAGAGGAUGAGGGCUUCCCUGGUGGCGCAGUGGUUGAGAGUCCGCCUGCUGAUGCAGGGGACAUGGGUUCGUGCCCCGGUCCGGGAAGAUCCCACAUGCCGCGGAGCAGCUGGGCCUGUGAGCCAUGGCCGCUGAGCCUGCGCGUCUGGAGCCUGUGCUCCACAACGGGAGAGGCCACAA